GGCGCCGUCCCGUCCCGGCCCGGGGCUCGGGCGGUUGAGCCGCGGCUCCGCUCUGCUCCGCUCCGCUCCCCCCUCCACCCCCCCCCCCCCCCCGGCGCCGCCGCCGCCUCCCCAUGCGGGUGUCCCGGGUGGGCGGCAGCCGCCGGCCCCCCCCGCCCCGGCAUGGCCCGGCUCUCCGUCAAGGAGCACUUGGACGGGAUCCUCUCCGACUUCGAAGCGCUCAAGAAGUCGUUUGAGGUGGAGGAUGGGGACGAGGCGCCCGGGUCCCCUCCGGUGUCCCUGCUGCCCUCGGGCACUGGCGACAGUCACCGGCCACUGCAGCCCAGCCACCCGCCCUGCUCGGGCACCGCUGCCAGCCUCAGCCCGGCUCCCAGCCCCAUGCUGCGCAGCCGGCUCGGCACCAGCCUCUCCGCCGGCCGAGCCAACGGCACUGCUGGCACCGGCAUCGCCCGCGUCGCCUCCUUCCAGACCCGCCAGGGCUUCGCUGCGGGGCCGGGCAGCGACGGCGAGAGCCUCCGCAGCUCAUCCUCCAGCCUGGAGAGUCCCGCGCCCACUGGGCCCCCCCAGCCACCGGGCACCCCCCGGGCCACCAGCCCCAGCCUGAAGAAGGUCCCGUCCCACAGCAGCGUCUUCCCUCCCCCCCCCCCGGUGGAGAUGGAGCAUCCCCUCCUUGGGGCCGCCACCAGCCACGGCUCGCUGCCGGCGCUGGACCUGCACAUUGCCGAGGAGCCGGGGAUGGGGACACCCCCGCCGGACCCCUCGCCAUGGGGCACCCAGAGCCCUGCGACCCAGCCUCGAGCUCGCCAGCCUUCCUCCUCUUCCUCCCCAGCCCCAUACGAUGGCACCGAGGCAGCCCCGGGGCUGCCCACGCUCCCCGAGGGGCCGGGGGGGGGGGGCUGCCGGGGGGGUGGGACGCUGCCCCCCCGCGCGCUGCCCCGGCCGCAGUUGAGGGUCAGCCUCGGUGCCAGCCCUGGCCUGGCCCACCGGCCCCCGCCGCUGCCCCGGGGCCAGGGGGAGGCAGCCCCGGCCCCCCGCCACCCCUUCCCCGGGGAGGGCUGAG